AUGAUCGAUUACAUUCUGUAUCAGGGCAACCUCAGGUAUGGUGUCAAGGAUGUUAGAGUCAUCAGAGGAGCUGAACUUGGCACUGACCAUAGGCUACUGGUGGCAGACACAGGGUUUGAAGAAGGGAAGAUGGAACGGCAGAGAGCAUACACGAGAAUAAACCAUGAAGAACUGAGGUGUAUUGACAGCAGGGAAAGAUAUAGAAUAGAGCUCUCAGCCCGCAUUGAAAACAUGCAGAAUAGUGAUAAUGAUGUUGAUGACUUCUGGAAUGGACUGAAAGAUGCUAUAAUAGGUGCUGCUAAGGAAGUUUAUGGUGAGAGACGGCUGGGAAGGUUCAAAAAGAGGACAAGAUGGUGGACGGAGGAAGUUAAGAUGAAAGUGAGAGAGGAAAAGAAAGCUUUCAGGAAGUAUAUGGAAACUAAAAGACAGCAUGAAUACAGAAUAUAUGUGGAGAAAAUAAAUGAUGCAAAAAGAAUAGUAAAGUUAGCAAAAAUGAAAUCGUGGCAAGAUUUUGGUCAAGAUCUACAAGACAAGCAUGGACAGAAUAAUGGACGGGCAUUUUGGAAAGUUGUGAGAUGUUUGAGAGGAAAAUAUGGGAAGCAAGUCAGAACAAUAGUGGACGAAGAAGGAAGGUCGUUGUCACAAAAAGAGGAAGUACUAGAUAGAUGGAGAAGUUACUAUGAGAAUGAGUUUCAGAUGGACAAUGCCCAGGAUGAGGACAAUCGACAUGAGUUUGAGCAAAUAGGGAACGAAAUAGAUGGAAUAACAAGUGCCAUCAGCAGGGAGGAGGUAGUAGAAUCCAUUAAAGGACUGAAGGUUGAGAAGGCAGCAAGAGAGGAUGAGGAGUUGAAAUUGAGGCAAAUGAUGCUGAAUGUGAAGAAAAGUAAGGUCAUGGUUGUGUCGAAGGGAAUGAGAGAAAAUGUGCAAGUUAUGGUGGAUGGGGAGGAGAUGGACCAGGUUGCGAAAUAUGACAGUGUUUUCAGUGGAUGGGAAAAUAGAUAG